UUCCUAAAUCAUGAGUCAUACAUAUCAGUCAUGAAAUCAUGAAUGACGAUAACUGUCAUAUUGAAAUGACGUACAUUGCACGUUACAUUACAUAACAUGGGGACAGCAUAUGUACAAUGCCAGCGUUUAGUACGAUGCAAGAAUAUGGCAAGUAUAUAUAUAGGUAUAUAUAGUUGAAAAGUACUACAUAUAACUAUAUAAUUAUAUAAUUUGAAACCAUGUCUACGUCAAGUGAAGGAGCCCCAUUGUUGCCCCACCCAGCUCAGCGGCCACUUGCUUUGUGCAGGAAGGAAGAAUAUUAUCUUUUUAGCGCAGGACAGGUAUUCGUGUUUAUUGCGGUCAUAUCCGUCCUGAUAUGGUUUCUACACUAUGACACGGGGCUGGAUUGGAAUAAUGCAGACUGUGCCGGAAAACCUUGUGUGUUCAAUUAUCAUCCGCCUAUGAUGGUUUUGGGCUUCCUUGCAUUUGGAUACCAAGGUAUCAUGUCCUGGCGUAUGCUUCCCGAUGGAUUGAGCCAUCAAACGAAGAAAUUCAUCCACCUCAGUGUACAGGUGUCUGGUUUUGUACUGGCUGUGGUAGGUAUAGUUGCGGUUUUCAAGUUCCACAACCAACACCAGCCCCCAAUUGCCAACCUGUAUUCAUUGCAUUCCUGGCUGGGCUUGGUAGCUAUGAUACUUUGGGGUCUUCAGGUUGUGGGAGCGGUAGUCUCUUUUAUCUCGGGAGUCGUCCCGGUUGAAAACCGCGUCUCAUUUGUGCCCAUACACAAGCACAUGGGUGUCGUUCUUUAUCUGCUGGCUUUGGUUGUUAUGCUGUUGGGUAUCCAAGAGAAGCUUGGGUUUUACCAAGGCGACAAGGCGUAUGCUAAGUUGACACCCAUCUCACAGCUUGGGAACAUUAUGGGACUUUCAAUUGUUGCGAUAUUUUCCGUAUGCACAACGCUGAUGAUACCCAGAAUGCAACAAGAGGCCGCCACAGAUAGCUGAUAAAUCCGAUCAACUUUUUUUUUGUGCAUAUUAAACGCACGCACAUUUCUGAAUAUUAAACAUAUGCACC